ACAGCGCUGCCUGCCAGACCCCGCUGCCGGGAUCUCCUGAGCUGCCCGCGGGCCCACGUGACCACGCCGACCCCGCCCCACCCUGCGCCACCUUCCAGCUCUACCGCAGCCCGCUCGCCAUGGCCCUCUGUGGGGCCCUCUUCCUAGCGCUGCUGGCAGGCGCUCACGCCGAGAUCCCAGGCUGUAAGAUACGUAUCACCUCCAUGGCGCUGGAGCUGGUGAAGCAGGAGGCACUGAGCUUUCUGGAGCAAGAGCUGGAGACCAUCAUCAUUCCGGACAUGAAGGGCGGAGAGGGCCAGUUCUACUACAACAUCUCUGAUGUGAAGGUCACGGAGCUGGAGCUGACAUCCUCUGAGCUCCACUUCCAGCCGGAGCAGGACCUGGUGCUGCAAAUCACCAACGCUUCCUUGGGGAUACGUUUCCAGAGACAGCUUCUCUACUGGUUCUUCUAUGAUGGGGGCUAUAUCAAUGCCUCCGCCAAGGAUAUAUCCAUCCGUACUGCUCUGCGCCUCUUCCGAGAUCCCGCUGGCCGAAUGAAGGUGUUCAACAUCUCCUGCCAGGCUUCUAUCUCCAGAAUGCAUGCAGCCUUUGGGGGAACCUUCAGGAAGAUGUAUGAAUUCCUCUCCGUGUUCGUCACCUCAGGGAUGCGCUUCCUUCUCAACCAGCAGAUCUGCCCUGUGCUCUACCAUGCAGGGAUGGUGCUGCUCAACUCCCUCCUGGACACGGUGCCUGUGCGCAGUUCGGUGGAUAAUCUCAUCGGCAUUGACUACUCUCUUCUAAAGGACCCUGUGGUUUCCACCAGCAGUCUGGACAUGGACUUCCGGGGGGCCUUCUUUCCCCUGACCCAGGGGAACUGGAGCCUGCCCAACCAAGCAGUGGAGCCCCAGCUGCAGGAGGAGGAGCGGAUGGUGUACGUGGCCUUCUCUGAGUUCUUCUUUGACUCUGCCAUGGAGAGCUAUUUCCGGGCGGGGGCCCUGCAGCUGUCGCUGGUGGGGGAUAAGGUGCCCCACGAUCUGGACGUGCUGCUGAGGGCCUCCUACUUUGGGAGCAUCAUCCUGCUGAGCCCAGCAGAGAUUGAUUCCCCACUGAAGCUGGAGCUGAAGGUCACAGCACCACCUCGCUGUACCAUCAAGCCCUCAGGCACCACCAUCUCUGUCACUGCCAGUGUCACCAUCGCCCUGGCCCCACGCAACCAGUCUGAAGUCCAGCUAUCCAGCAUGAUCAUGGACGCUCGUCUCAGUGCCAAGGUGACUCUUCGGGGGAAGGCGCUGCGCACGCAGCUGGACCUGCGCAAGUUCCGAAUCUACUCGAACCACUCUGCACUGGAGUCCCUGGCGCUGAUCCCACUGCAGGCCCCUCUGAAGACCAUGCUGCAGAUUGGGGUGAUGCCCCUGCUCAAUGAGCGGACCCAGCGAGGGGUGCAGAUCCCACUACCCGAGGGGAUGGCCUUUGUGCAUGGGGUGGUGACAAACCAUGCGGGCUUCCUCACCAUUGGGACUGACCUCCGCUUUGUCAAAGGGCUGCGAGAGGUGAUUGAGAAGAACUGGCCUGCCACCACCAUGGGCCCCCAGGCAUCUAGUGCCCCACCACCCUCCACGGCAGCUGUCUGAACUCAACUCCCAACUCCUGACAGCUGCAUUCAGGACUCCAAUGCCUCUUAUCCCCUCCCUCACCCCGUCACUGCCUAGAGAGUCCUCCCUAACCCCCAGUGCCACAGAGAAGACGGGUUUUAAGCUGUACCCAAUUUAAUUCCAUAAUCACAGUCAAUUACAGUCCAUCUGACCUCCCAGUGGGCUGUCCUGAGCUCUAGUGUGUUCCUGGGAUGUCAUCAGUGCAUUAAAGUCAUUCGUUAAGCA